GCACCUCGAAGGGUUUCCACGCACCGGGCGAGCAGACCUGCAGUGAAACUGGAUCCAUAGAUGGACUCUGUGGAUCCGCUCCGGUCUGGAAGUGGUUUUCUGAAGAUAACAGCUUGAACCUGACCCAUGGAGAAAUAUGACAAACUGGCCAAGAUUGGAGAGGGUUCCUAUGGUGUGGUGUUCAAAUGCAGGCACAGGGACACGGGUCAGGUCGUGGCCAUCAAGAAGUUUGUGGAGUCUGAGGACGAUCCGAUCAUUAAGAAGAUUGCACAGAGGGAAAUACGCAUGCUGAAGCAACUGAAACAUGUGAACUUGGUCAACCUGCUGGAGGUCUUCAGGAGGAAAAGACGGCUUCACCUGGUGUUCGAGUUCUGCGAACAGACGGUCCUCAACGAGCUGGACAAGCACCCCCGCGGGGUACCUGAGGCUCAGCUGAAAAGCAUCGUGUGGCAGACUCUGCAGGCUGUGAACUUCUGCCACAAGCACAACUGCAUCCACCGGGACGUAAAGCCAGAGAACAUCCUCCUCACCAAGACCGGCGUCAUCAAGCUGUGUGACUUCGGCUUCGCCCGCAUCCUGACUGGACCAGAGGAUGACUACACAGACUAUGUGGCGACCCGCUGGUACCGGGCCCCUGAGCUGUUGGUCGGGGACACCCAGUAUGGACCUCCAGUGGACGUUUGGGCUCUUGGCUGCGUUUUCGCCGAGCUACUCAACGGGAAUCCACUCUGGCCCGGGAAGUCUGAUGUCGACCAACUGUACCUCAUCCGAAAAACCCUGGGUGACCUGAUCCCCCACCACCAGCAGAUCUUUCGUUCCAAUGUUUUCUUCAGCGGCGUCAGUAUUCCUGAACCCGACACAAUAGAACCUUUGGAGAAGCGUUACCACGGAGCGUCUCCUCUUGCUCUUCAGGUCAUGAAGUCUUGCCUGCUGAUGGACCCGUCCCUUCGGCUGUCCUGCGAGGAGCUGCUGGAGCUGCCGUACUUUCAGGACGAAGGAGGUGCCAACUGGGAGCGUCCAGGAAGGCGACAUGACCGAGGCUCCCGGCGCCGGCAGGCGGGGGCUCAGUACCUGCCUCAGUUACCUCACAGCAACGUCUCACCAGCACCGGACGUCAAGAAACAAGUAAAGCAUAAAUAUCACCUGCCCAACAUAUGA